AAAUGUAGGGGCGGUCGGCCCCGGCUAGUCACCAACAUCUCCUGCGUUUGGGCUGAAUUGAGGGUUGCGGUCUUUGUGGUUUUAAAGUGUGCGGCUGAUUCCCCUCCCCUUCCCUUUAUACCUGCGGCUCAGAGUGGAGCGAGGAGAUUACCAUGGUGCAGCUCUCCCCUUCCCCUGUCCUUUGUCUCCCUACUCCGGAUAAGACGGAUGAGAAAAUGAGGGUGGAGGAAAAGCAGCAGGUUCAGCAGCAGCAGCAAGAGGAAAGCCCAAAGCUAGAGCAGCAGAUAGGCCUGAGCUCCUUGCAGCUGGCACUCUCUACUGCAACUACAACCUACCAGGGCUAUGACACUUACAUCGAGGAUGGUCUCAUCUGCCUCAAGCACAAGAUUCGCAACAUUGAGAAAAAGAAGCUGAAGCUGGAAGAUUACACAAAACGGCUCAAUGAAGGAGAAACCCUAAACACGGACCAGAUGGAGGCAGUUCAGAAGUAUGAUGAAGUUCUUCACAAUCUUAAAUUUGCUAAAGAACUGCAUAAAACCUUUAAUGCACUCAGUCAGGAUCUUUUAAAAGCUCAGAAGAAGGCAGUACGACGUGAGCAAGUCAUGAAGACUGAAGCAGAGAAAAAGCGUUUGCGCACUAUCUUUCAGGUGCAAUUUGUUCUUCAGAGCCUGGAACAGGAACAUGUGAAGAAAGACUUUCGAAGUGGUCUUAAUGGGGCUUUCUUUCUCUCGGCUAAAGAACUUGACUUUUUGAUCAGGUUCUCAAAGAUGGCUUCUUUAGAGAGAAAUGAGUGCAUGAGCUUGGAGGACCAGAUGGACCAGGCAGCAAUCUGCUUUUGGGAGUUGCUUGAAGGAAAUGAGAAAGCUGUGGCUGGUACCACAUGUGAGGUUUUUUUUUUUUUCUGUCAAAACCUGUGGAGAAACACAUUCCAAAUCCAAGAUAAGCAUUUGAAAGACCAGUUGGCACGCUUGUUAGACUGUGGGUACUUUGAUCACAUCCCGGCCCCUCACAAUGAGAUGCCAGAGGAAGAGGAAAAAAAGGGGACCAAAAAUACUGUGAAGCUUGAUUUAUCAACCAAGAUAACAAAUGAAACAACUAAACAACUGAGUGUGUCUGAGCCAUCUGUACCAACUCCACAAAAGAAUGACCAUCCUAUUAGAGAGUUUAUUAAUAGACACUACAAGCCAGAAACAGAGUAUAAAGUUCAAGAGCAGUCAGAAAAAUCUUGGAAGACAGAGUUGUCAACCGUGAAUCAAGAACCUCCCGAUUCAUGGGAGAUGCAGCUUCUUGAUGACGAGUCUCCACCACCACAGCCUACACCCCCUAAACAAUGGAGAGCUGCUGCCACACUUGUGCCAAAGGAUGCAAUGGAACUGAAGGGAUGCAUUUCAGAACCAAAGCCGAAACGUGGACGGAAGCCUAAAGCUGAACAAGAAGUUAAAAUUCAGCCACAAAAGAGAGCCAGUUCUCCUAUUGCAGUAUUCAACUCUCCUUCUUCCAUUCCAAAAGAUCCCCUUUUGAGAAAAGAGAAACUGCAAGAUUUGAUGGCAGAGAUUCAAGGAUCAUUCAGUUUUAUGCAGGACUCUGAUUUGGACAGUGAGAGUUCACCAAAUACUAAGCCUUUAAGUCAGUCUUCUGUGCUUGCUGCCUCCACCCCCAGAGCGCCAAGGGAACUGAAGCUCCUCCCACCAGCUAUUAAGACUUCUCCAUCUACAAUCCAUACUUCUGGGACUCCCAAAACUAACAUGAUAAAUGGAGAAAGGGCUUUGAGUGACUUUGAAAUGGACCUUGCCACAGAAGAAGCUGCAGAGGAAUCUCUGCCAUUGGAGACUGAGCCCUAUGUUUCCUCCUCUCCUGUGUAUCAGAAUGAGUCCAAUGCAGAUAGUGCCCUGGAGUCCCCUCAGGUUGCGUCAUGUUCAUUGCCACCUACUGUAUCUCAAGGGCAAGUUUUUUCAUCUCCUCCCACCAGUAACCAUACCAUAAGCAUAACUACCUCUCCUUUCAAAGCUAUGCAGACUGUCUUUAAAGUUGAUGCUCCUUUACCUCCAAGAGAGUCUGAACUGAAAUCGGAUACUGUUUCAUACCAAGAAUCUUGCAGUCAGACAUACUCCACAGCUAGCACUCAGACACCCCCUCAGUGCUCCAUACUUGAUCAAACCACCCCUGUACUUGAAAGCGUUACUCCAGUAACGUCUUAUCAAUCAGACUCUCCUGUGAGCAAUGGUUGCCAUGGGUAUCUGUCACCUGGUCAAACUAAUACUUUCCCUCGUUCCAACCAAGCCUUCUACAAUGGCCGUGGCGCAGUCAGAGGAACAGUACGUGGAGGAAGAGGCCUGACAACAAACUCUUAUCGUUCACCUAGUGCAUAUAAAGCUCCCUUUGAAGGUUAUAGAGGUGGAGUGCAGUCACCCAGUGGAAACUACAUUCAGCCAUAUCCUGGAAGAGAAUAUACAACAAUGCUGUAUGGGUCAAGGGAAACAAGCUUUCAGCAAAACUAUAAACGUGGAAGCGCAACUAUUGGGCAAAGAACCAACUCUAGAGCAGGGUGGAGUGAUUCUUCACAGGUGAGCAGUCCAGAAAGGGACAAUGAGACCUUCAACAGCAUUGACUCUGGCCAGGGGGAUUCACGUUGCCUCACUCCAGUUGAUAUGCCUGUGACAAGCCAAGCAGCUGCCCUCCUUCCAGUGCAUGUCUACCCACUCCCCCAACAGAUGCGUGUUGCUUUCUCUGCUGCCCGCACAUCAAACUUUGCUCCUGGCACAUUAGACCAGCCUAUAGUUUUUGAUCUCCUUCUCAACAACCUUGGAGAGACUUUUGAUAUGCAAAUGGGAAGGUUCUCCUGUCCUGUUAGUGGAACCUAUGUAUUUAUCUUCCACAUGCUGAAGCUGGCAGUCAAUGUGCCACUUUAUGUGAAUCUCAUGAAGAAUGAAGAGGUCCUGGUAUCGGCAUAUGCCAAUGAUGGUGCUCCUGAUCAUGAAACUGCCAGCAACCAUGCUGUGCUUCAGCUGUUUCAAGGAGACCAAAUCUGGCUCCGUUUGCACAGAGGUGCUAUUUAUGGGAGCAGCUGGAAAUAUUCCACUUUUUCUGGGUACCUUUUGUACCAGGAUUGAAAUUUUCUGUAGCGAGCACCAAGGAAUAAAAUGUGGCUUCAAUGCUUUACAUGUCAAGUGUAGAAGGAUGGAUUUCCUCCCUCUCCUAACACAGAUGGUAAAUGUUGGGCUUUGGCAUUUAAUCCUAGUCAUUGGCUACCACAUGUGGGGGUUUCAAAGUAAAUGGCCUCAUCUUUGAAAAAUGGAAUGGCUUUCUUCUUUAGAAUCUAAGAUGGUACCAAAUUAAUCAAGAGGAUGAUCUUCAGGGAUGAUUGCAAGUAAACUGACCUUUAUGCUACAGUAUGUGCCAAAAGUCUUUACCAAAAUUCCAGGUUAAUACAAUGGACUUGAUCUGGGAGACAGCUCUCUGUUACAGAAGAACCAUUUUUCACCUCUUAUAAAACAUGAUCAAGAGACUAAACAUGUGGGUUUAAUAUAAGCUAUACUUAAAGCACUUUCAAAUGUUUUAAUGCUGCCUUGCUUGGAGGGGGGGUGUUCUUGAAAUGUCAAGCUGGGGAAACUUGAUAUGCUCACUUUUGGGCUAUAUACCUCAUUGUGCCUACACAAAUAAACAAUGUGCAAUUAA